GAUCAAAGAACGAAGAUGCUGCCUCCCUGUAUGGUCCUGGUUCUCUAUCUGAUGGGAUUUUUCUCAGGAGAACUUCAGGGCUUCAGCGUCGUCUCUACACGGAUGCAAGACUCGACACUUGAUAUGGCUACAUCAUCUUUUGACGACCAGUACAACGGCUGCGUGGACGAGAUGGAGGAUAAAGUGGGAGAGCUCCAGCGCACUGAGUUUGCCAACAAGACCUAUGCCAACAUCUGGGAUCGUGCGACCGCCGAGUGGAACGAGCAGAAGCCCGCAGGCCUCAAGCGAGAGUACGGCAUCGCAGUCGUGGCCUACACAGAAAGCAAGGGCUCCUUAUUCAGGGAUUUAAAUGAUGCUCUCCGGAAAGCAGGAAAGAGUAAAGACUAUUACCUCAAGGACUUCAAGUUAAAGUCCUUCCACUAUCUCUUGACCAGGGCCCUUCAAGUCCUAUGGACCAACUCUAACGGCGAGUGCUAUACAACGUAUCGUGGGGUCAAUGGCAUCCGAUUCAUCACAGAACGCUCCAAGGAGGUCCGAUUUGGAUGCUUUGCUUCCUCAUCGCUGAACAAAUAUAUUGCCACGGGAUUCGGGGAUGACACUUUCUUCACCAUUAAGACCUGCCAUGGGACCUACAUCAAGGAGUUCUCCAUCUACCCAGGCGAGGAGGAAGUUCUGAUCCCCCCCUACGAAUUGUUCCGGGUUGAAGAUUUUGUUAAGACACCAUCUGGUAAAAUCCGCAUCAGUCUCACCUCUGUUGGAAAGUUCAGCAAGUACAACUGUGUAUACGCCAAAGGUAAGAACCAAUCAGUUUUCUAG